AUGACUUCAGUUAUAUUAGAAAAAUUGUCUUGUUCAGCAUUGUGUAAAGAAAUUUUAAAAAUUCAACAAACAACAAAAGAAAUUCGACAGCAAUUUAAAAAUGCUUUUAUGAAAUAUAUUAUCGAAAUGAAUAAAAUAUUUCAACAAAUUAGUCAACAAUUAAAGAAAGCUCAUAAAAUCAAACUUUCUCAUACAUCUAUCGAUACAUUUCAUCCAGCUGUUGAUGAUACUCAAACAAAUAAUAUGAAUUAUUCUAUUACACAUGGUUCAACGAAUGAUGAUGCAGCAGUUUGUAUACCUGAAUGGGUGUUUUUUGGUAUUAUAUCAAAACAUGCAUCUUUAAAAUCAAGUUUAUAUAAAGCUUCAACUGUAUAUGGUUGGGCAGGUCACCAUCAUCAAUAUGAUGGUUUUAAAUGUGAAAUGGAUAUAAAUCAUACAGUUGAAUUAUUUAUUGAUUAUGAUCGACAUAAAAUACGUUUAAAAAAUGAAUCAGUAUCUUUGGUACAUGAAAUUAAUGUUUCUAUUAUAAAAUGUCCACUUCCAUGGAUACUUUAUGUUGGUCUUUAUAAUGCAGAUGAUCAAAUUCGUCUUCAAUUAGCUUAA